AUGGCUGCCGAGGUAGCGCUGCUGCAAGCCGCUCUGUUGGAUGAUCCUGGCGCUGAGAUGUUUGUCUUGCUGCCACACGAUGCCGGGAUCUUAGAGGCUGAUAGGAUACUCAUGGACAAAGCUUCUGCCAGUGCCCUUCGGGGCGGCGUCGCAGCGGCAGUGGUGCAAGCGAUCUGCGUUCCGUCCUUCAUGUGGAUGCGAACCGUGACGAAUUAUCAGUACCGGCAUGGUGGCCGGGUUUUGGAGGUAGCUCGCAGACUGUAUGCAGAGGGCGGCCCACGCCGUUUUUACCGAGGAGUCGUUCCCGCGCUGGUGCAGUCGCCAAUCCUUCGAUUUGGCGGUUUGGCAGUCAAUGAGGGCCUUCUUUCAGUGACAGCCAACUCCGGCUUAUCUCACACAGCUACAGCAGCUUUGUCCUCAGCCGCUGCCACAGGGCUGAAGGUCCUCCUUAUGCCACUUGACGCGUGGCAAACUGCAAAGCAAGUGAACGGCAAGCAGGGCCUGGCAAUUCUGCUGGCAGAAGCCAAAAGGCGACCCCUGAGACUCUGGCGAGGCACUGCAGGAUGUCUGACUGGAACAUGGAUAGCUCACUACGCGUGGUGCUUCACCAACAACUGGCUCCACGACGCUUUGCCGAGAUCAGCCUUCGGCAACUCCGAGACAGCAAGGAGUGCCAGCAUUGGGUUUGCAGCAAACGUCGCUGGCGAUUGUUGUAGCAACUUUCUCCGAGUAUUAAAAACGAUCCGGCAGACUGCUGGAACUUCCGUUACUUACCAGGGGGCGAUCAAAGAGUUGCUUCAAAGGGAAGGAGUACGAGGCUUGUUCGGACGAGGCCUUCCAACUAAAGUGGCAUCAAGUGGAUUGCAAGGAGCUGCUUUCCUCAUCGGCUACGAAGCGGUACUCAGAAACAUUGCCAUUUGA